GAGGGAGACUUCACGGAGUCCCCUGGUAGAGAUAUGGUGUCCCUCAGUGGAAAAGGGGCCAAAUAUAAUCCAUGGAAACCUUUGGUUACCAUGGUGAAAGAAAUUGGCAAUGAUGUCCAUUUCUUGCCUGUGUUAUGGAGAGUUCAGCUUCAGCAUUUGAAAAUUUCUACUGGGGUAGGCUUUGAGAGUGACAUUUGUACCAAAACGCUUGACCUCCACUUUGAUAGUAAUGGGUAUUUGACUGGAAACAUGCAGAUGUUGUUGCCUCCUAUCCGAAGGAUCCGCCUCAACCCCUACACAGGAGCCUUGCAGUUUGACCAACACAAUAGUCCAACCAAAGUUUUGACGACGUGGAAUAGUAAUAGUUCUGUUAAAUCCAUCGCAGCAGGUACAUUUGUGAUACCGACAAUGUUGGAGAUGUACAACAAAGAUGGCAUCAAAGUGCACUUCAUGCUGGGACGAAAAGCAAGGAAUAUGACUAAUAUAGAUUUAAAUUUCCUUGAUAUGGCAACUCUGAUCUGGACCGGUCCUAAUGGAGAGAAAGCUCGAUUGAACAUCUACAAGUUGUUUAGGGAGCAUUGCAUCAAGGAUAUCGAGAAAAAAUUGAAACUUAAUCAAGCACCAAAGUCAGCAAAAGAUUUUACAAAAGAGGAUGGGAAAAAGUUUCUCAGUUUAUGUGUAGAGAGGCAGCGUGUGGUUGAUUAUGAUUGGAUAACUUCUCAAGUAUACCACCUGGCUGAUCUCAGAACACAACACCAAAGACAAGAAAAAGAAAGAGAAGAAAGGUUAAGGAAAAAGUAUGAACCAAAGAAAGGAAAGAAAGCUAAACCGGUGGAAUUCCAGUAUGAAACAUAUGUAAAACCACCUGUUUUAAAACUGGAGUAUAAUGCCCAUCCAGAGGAGUACCGCCUUCAACUUACCUACAUUUGUGUUGUGGGGGAUACCCUGACUUUUAUAACACAGCAGUGUAACACACGGUCACUAUACUUGUGGGUCGUUGAUCUGACAUCCAAGGAUGCAUUUCUUGCCUACAAGUCACCUAGUUUGUACAAAGUAUCCUGUUUUACCCAACUGCCUGUACGCAAUAAAGUUUGCCACACCAUCCCGGGAGCAAAAGUCCUGCUCAGUCAAAUAAAUUCUGCACAAGUUGAAGUCAUAGAUAUCACAAAGAAAGAGGAAUCCAUAAGUAGUGAACAUGUACGAUGUUAUCAACAAGAUAUGUCGUCGUGUUCUGAUAUCACACGGAUGUUUCUGUUCGGCAGUCAGCUAUUUGGUGUCUCCUUCAACAACAGGAUUUGGAGCUGGAAUAGAACAAGUGGGCAAAUGGAGGUAGCUGAUGAAUUUAAACGUGUGCGUGACCUUGACCUCAUAGGUGUUGUCCUGGUGGUCAGUACAGAUUUCGGGAUAAAGUUUUGUAGUGUACCUCGUGACAGUGACCAUGUGUUUGAUUCACUUCCAAUAAUGAUAUCUGCUGAAUUCAAAGGGACCCCGCUGACUUUGAAUGAUGAAGGUACGCUGAUCUGUAAGAGUAGAGAAAGAAUCAAAGUUACCGGUACCCAGAGAGAAUUCCGGGAUGGAAAGGAAGUGUACAGGGCGGCGGUUUCCCUUGACAACAUAACAGUUAUAAUGUUGGUACCCACAGACGUGUACGGACCAAGGGAAAGUCUGACUCCUAUAGAGAUCCUCAUGGCCGUUACCCUGCCCGGUUAUGGUACAGAGACAUGCUUCAUUAGUCAGCAAAGUGGGAUGAUCCUGGGAUGGACACAACACAAAGAAAACCCAAAAGACUACCGAGAACACCUGUUUCAGGUGGACUACGAGGCCAGACUGAGAGGAGUGCUGCCUUUCCUUGGCUAUGGGCCACGCUGCUUUUUACCUGUGUACCUGCCAGGUGACAAGGACAUACAGUCCAAACACCCAGGACACGGACAGCCAGGGUGGUACGUGUUCAUGAGGGACGGACAUGAGGGCAUCAUAGGGAUCAAGCUUGUCGGAUAGUAGGAUAUUUUCAGGGACAUUGGAGAGUUACUGUCAUUCAUAUCUAAGUAAUUAUAAACAUGAACUUAAGAUAAUGAACCUAGCUAUCACUGAGAAAUUUCUGUAGUGUUUACAUGCAUGAUUAUGUUUAAAGUGAAGCCAAUGGACUGGUCAGUGCACUUUUCACUCCAGUGUACAUACAAAGCUGGUCAUUUGUCCGACAACGAUGACAGAGUUUUGAUUCCAGUAACAUUACUGGUUGAACUCUGAUAGAUAUUAGAAUUGAAUUACAUGUAUUACUUAACAACCCGAAGGAAAUGUUUUGUGAUCUAUAUAGUAUAGUGUACCAGAGACCUAUAAUAGAAUUGUAGAUAUAGUUAAAUACAUGUAGGUCUGUGAAUGUACACAAUUUUGGCACACUAAAAUGUAAGCACAUUGAUCUGAAGUUAAACAGAUCAGCACAUUUAUGAAUUGGUCCACCCUCAGUUCUAUUGGCGGUAACCAAUAUAGUAAUAAAGUAACUGCUAUUAACCCAGUUAUAGCGGACAGCUUUCAGUGUGAAGAAAGCUGAAAUAGAAUACUGCUACAAUAUAGGCAUUUUAUAAAGUAUUUUAUUAGCUCACCUGGCCCCAAGAUGAACUUAUGUCUAUAUGGCACAGCAUCUGUUGUCCCUCAUCCGUCAAUAAUUCCUUUAAAAUCGCUUCUAGUCUCAAACACCUGAAUGGAUUUUGAUAAAAUUUGGUCUCCAGGAUUAUUGGGCAAAGGAGAUCCAAUUUUGUAUAAACAAAUUGUGUGGCUCCUGUAUGGCUGGAGGGGCCAGAGGGGCCAGAGGGGCCAGAGGGACCCGGCCCAAUAAGGGGAAAUAUAGCAAAAAGCUUAAAAAGCCCCCUUCUUCCUGUAGUAUGACAGGUGUCCCAGGCUCGGUUAUAACAGGGAUGUUAAGCCCCAUCAAUCAAUCAAAAUCUGACAGGAUUUGGUCCACCAUUUGAUUUAAACAGUGUUGGGAGAGACAGCUCAAAAAGUAUAAUAUCCAGGUUGGCAAUGCAGAUCUUCUGGGCCUUUCGUUAAACCUUCCUUUUGCGAGUUUUGGACGAGUUGCCAAAUUAAAUCACUGGAUUUUUCACUUUUGAGAAAAUUAACAAAUAUUAUUCCAAUUUUGUAAGUAAUAAUUUUUUUUAUAGCAGCUUAAAAGUUUUUUUAUUGUUUGGUUUAUUUUGCUUUUAUUUAAUGUUACACAUAAAUAUUUUGAAAUAUCCAUUUUACAUGACAUUGUUGCAAACUCAACCAUUUUCCCUGAGUUGACCCAUUUUUUUAGCUUGUCUCUUCGAAGAAGAGUGAGAGCUUGUGUCGUCACUCCGGCGUCGGCGUUGGUUUUUCAAAUGUUAAAUUUUUGGAGCAAGUGUUGAAAGGUAUUAAUACAUCACUUUAUAAUUGUACUAGGGUGCUGAUAAUUGGUAAUAGAGUCCCUCUGGGGUUAAACUAUCCCCUGCCGGAUUUAAACUAAAAGAAUUUUUUGGUAAAAAACCAGAAUUUUCAAAUUUUUGGACUCAGAAUAUUUCUGCAUUAAGUUUUUCGUGCAAGUGUUGAAAGGUAUUAAUACAUCACUUUAUAAUUGUACUAGGGUGCUUAUAUUUGGUAAAAGAGUCCCUAUGGAGUUACACUAUCCCUUCUUGGG